AUGGCUCUGUCUUCGUCACAGAUCAUUCUUCUCUGUGCGGUCGGUAUUGUUUUGCUGGCGAGACCUGCUCAUGCUUUUGGUGCGGGCAACAUCGGAUCCACUUCGAAAAUCGAGGGGCAAAACUGGCGACAUGGUGAUCUCGAAGACACCUUGCUGACCAUUGUGGCCUCGCGCGCCAUGGGAGGUAAGAAAUUCAGCAAGCUUGACGUCAAGAGAGUUUACUUCGGCAACUGGCUGCGUGACUAUAGCCAGGCUGUCGAUGUCGGCACCGUCAAAUAUGUCAGCGCAGAAGCCAUUCGCAUCCUGCUUUGGGUUCUUGGGUUCAUGUCUUUCGGAUAUGGCUCGGGCGAAUUCGAAGUCACCAGUCAGAGGCUCGGAUGCUACCGACCUGAGGAACAUAUCGACAACCCAAAGGACUAUGCAGACAACCAAGAUGCCAGGCAGUACGAUCGCCGCCUUCGCGGCCCCGUUGACGAACGCCGAGAGCUCUCCAUUAACCCACAGACCGGGUUGAAGAACUACAUCGCUUCUGAGGGCAUGGGAAUUGACACUUCUGCUGGUCUGGUGAGGAAACUCUUCGGUAGAAGCAUCGAGCUCGGACGACAAUAUGCCCGGAGUAAGAACAAGAAGGACCUCUACGAAGCACUCCGGCUACUCGGUACUGGAUCGCACUGCCUGGAAGACUACGCGGCUCACUCCAACUACGUUGAACUUGCGCUCGUCGAGAUGGGUGAACGUGACGUCUUUCCCCAUGUCGGCCGCCGCACUGCUAUCCAACUCCGUGAGGUCCGUCACCCAGUCUACCCGAUUGUCACGGGCACAUUCGGCGGCGUCGACUUCCUCCAUUCUGUCUGUGGCGAAUUUGACGACAAGACGACGCAAUCCGAAAUCCAGGAACUUAACAAUACUCUUCAACAAUACCAAAAUGGCAGCCAGGACAACAGCAUUCUGCAAGAUCUUCUCAAUAAACUGCCCUCGGGCCUGUUUGGUGGAAAGGAUCAAGCAGGAAAAGCCAAUGAACUGCAACAAAACGCGCUGAACCACCAAAUGCAGAACGCCCACAUCACCCCUCGCCAGCCGGAGCAAUGGACCCGUUACCUGGACGAUGUGCAGAGGCAGAUCUACCCGAUCAUAGAAUGGCACGACGAAAUCAUGCAGUCCAUCACCGAAACGAUCGAAAAGAUCCCCAUUCUGCCCGACCUGAUUGAGCAAAUCCAGGACCAAAUCAACAAGUUUGUCUUCAGCUUACUCGCCCCCUUCGUGGUGCCCAUCAUCAACCAAGUCAAGACGGAACUCAACACAGGCUCCAACGAGAUCAUCCAAUCCAGUCUGGCUCAGCAGCACAUUGUCUUCAACGACGACAACUCCUCGGACCCCACGCACUCUAUGCUUUCCAAGGACCACUUCUCCAACAUCCUCAACGAACCCGCGGGGAAAGUGGCCCAUCAGACAGUGAAAUGGGUGGUGCCGCAGAUCGUGGCGUGCUGGGACGAUGAGCGAAUCGACGUCGAGCGGACCCUCAAUCGCAUCAUCCACGGUGUCCUUCACCACCCUGCAUUGCGCGACUAUGGGCAAGACGGUGCCGGCGACGGGCGUCGUAUCAUGUUUGGCGUUGUGGAGGAAUGGUGGCGCGGGAAAUCCGCCUCUGAAAAGGAUGGUCUGCGCGAGCAACUCAGCCGUCGGGGCGUCGAGACAGGCAGAAACCACAAACCGGGGGUCCAGGACCACGGACAUGGAAACAAUCGGCCCCUCGGCAUGGCGAAUCUCAACUUCAACACCAACCAGGUGUCGUCCGGUGGCAUCGCGGGCGGCGCUCUCGGGGCCAUCAGUUCUGCCUUGGGCGGAGACUCCCAGAGUGGUGGUGGCGGCCGACCACCGAAUGUCUCCAGGGCAAGCGACCAACUCGGGAAAAUGGCCGGCGCAGCCGUCGGCGGCGGCGUCCUGGGCUCUCUGGUAGGGGGCCUCACGAGCCAAAUCGGCGGUGACAUCCUCGGCGGCGGGCUCAGCCAGGGUCAAGAGACGUACAAGCGCGACACGUAUAACCGGCAAGACGGAUCCGUUACAGAGACGGUGACGCAGUUGGGUCAGUCGUCUUCCGGGGGUCAUCGGUACGGCCAGGCGCAGUACUCGAGGACCACAGGACCCAGCGGCGAGAGACGGUACGAGGAAUACAACCGUUUUGAGCAGCGAGGGACCGCGAGUGGAGGGUGGCAGAGCGAGGUGCAUCAUCAGGAGCGGACGGCCGAAGGCAGGUAUCACGAGGAGACAAGACGCUACGGCGACAAUGAUAACGACAGUCCCUACGGUGAACGUCGUCAAGAGCAUCAUCGCCCAAAACACCAUCCACACCGACACGAAGAAGAUGACCAACACAGUCGCUACGAACAUGAACAGCGUCGUGACCAGCGAGAGGAGGACCCAUACUCUGCGAGCAGCUACGCCAGCAGCGGCAGACGCCAGCAGCAGUUUGAGCGUGAAAGUUCCGGGUACGGUGGCUCCGAGAGCUACGGGCGCCGCCAGGAGCACGAAUACGGUCGACGACAUGACGAGGAGUAUGGUGGCUCUGGAUACGGCCGUCAUCACGAGCAGCGCCGCGACCGCGACGAGUAUUCCUCCAGCGGAGGAGCCGGGUAUGGCGGCGGUCGGCGGCGGGAAGAAGAAUCGACGACGUACGGUGGUGGUGGCUCCGGCGGAUACGGGCGGGCGGACCUCCAGGAAGAAUCACGGUACGAGUCCAGCGGCUUUGGCGGCGGCAGUCGUCGGGACGAAGAAUCCAGCAACUACGGCUCCGGCUUUAGUGGUGGCGGCGGCGGCGGAUACGGUCGGCGUCAACAAGAAGUGUCUACUACCUACGACGACAUGCCCGGCGGCUUCGGCAGCACCAGACAAGACGAGUACUCCUCCUUCAGCGGCGGCGGGCGCGGCGAUGAGUACGGCGGCGGGCGCGAUGACGGCGGGUAUGCUGGCGGCGGCGGCGGUGGUGGUGGUUUCGGGAGACGAGGCGAGUACGGCGGCGAGAAUGAAGGCUACGGUGGUGACAACGGCGAGGGUGAGGGUGAGGGUGAGGGUGAGGGUCGGCGUCGAUACCGCGAGAGCGGCGACAACGAGGAAUACGGUAGCGGAUACGGUGGUGGGGGUGGGUACGGGAGCUCGCGCUACUGA